GUUCAUGAAUUAUAUGUCUGACUUGUCACUGACCACGACCACGACCACGACCGCUGCCCAUAACAGUAACCUAACACCAACCUAAGCAGAGCCUGUCGCCUUCAACUUCAGAUUAGUUUUGCCACACCCUCAUCGCCUCUGUUGUCCUAACCUCCUUUCGUGUUGUGUUUCUUGGCUGACAAAGCGCGUUGAUCGCACUAACCUAGCUUUUUUCCCGUCUCUCGCCCUAUAGUUGUCGCCCUAGGACCCUUGCCACCUUUGUCCCCCUAUCCCCUACCUCGUUUCACUCCUAUUCUAUCCAUCUACUAUGUCCGACUCCGGAGCCCAGACUUCAAACACAGCUAUUAAUGAAUCCGACUUUGUUUUGCCGGGGGUUGAAUCCGUUGACGUCCAAUCUAAUCUCUCUCAAAACCAGCAAACCCUCCCAUCGUCGUCGCUCCAAUGCUGCGAAUUACUUGUCCGCAACCUCCCAGCCACAACGCCGGAUUCCGCCGAGAGUCAUCUAAAAAAGGUCGUCGCUGACCUACUUUCUCGUCAUACCGAUCUCAUAAAAGUCGCAGUCUAUCGUUCCUCUACGCGUGGGAAAUCUGUCGACUACGCCUAUCUCCGACCCGACGCGUCGGUAGUCAAUUCAGUUAAACAGGCGCAUCACAUGAAGAAAUGGAUUAAACCACUAGAGGAUUUAGCCUUCGGAACAGUAUGGAGUCCUAUGUUUGGUGUGGAUAACCUCAGGAUUAUUUCGCUGGUUUACGACUCAGAUGGCGUUACCCCGAAGGAUUGGGAAGCCCAGGUCUUGCGCGCUCUUGGCGCGGUAAACAUCCGAGCUCAUUAUGCCAGCGUCUACGGCUCUUCCACCGCUGUGUUGCUUCAUUCACAGUCAGACGUUGCCCGUCUGGUCGAUUCCGGCCUGACCAUCGGAAGAAAGGCCUAUAGCGUAAAGUCUAAGGCAUGUGUCCAACCCCUUUGGCCGUACGCGGGAGCUAUAGUUGGCAUGGCUCGCUAUACCGACGAUUUCGCACAGCAGCUUGCCAGCAUGGUCAAGACCCGCUACCCUGCACAAUUCAUAGGCUAUACGAUGGAGCAAGGAAAUAACGCUUUGGUGUUUUAUGUCAAGGAUUGGGACACUAUCCAUGAGAUCACCAACAACGUCUCUUUCUUCUCUGAAUACCUCGCGUCCUCAGAGGCCGAGAUCUCCCCUCCAAAACUUCUUUAUCAACUCAACGGUAAAGGUUUUUUCAUACCAAGGUCCACUGCGGCCGCAAUCAACACUCUCGCAGUCUCCCACGAUGCGAGUAUGGCCAAAGUAUAUGACCAGCUGGCUCAACACCGCCUUCAGGUCGAGACAGUGACUGCCGGAGCUGACCGUGCUAUCACCACUCUGACUGAACAGAUGCGUCAGACUAAUGAGGUUGUGAGCUCUAUGUCUUCUGUCGUUCAAGCUCAAAGCCACGCCGUUGCCGCGCUUAACAAAUCGAUGGCUGGAAUGGUACACACUAUCGGUGGACAGAUGCAGGUUUCGGGCCUUCGUGAAGAGAUUACUCUUCUUGUGUUGGAGCGGGAUCACGCAAAGACGGAUGCCGAGAAGGAUGCCAUCACCAACAAAAUUAUGGUUCUUCACCAACAAGUUCAGUCUGCUUCCAAAACGAAUAGCGUGUUGUUCAAGAGCCUCUCAGAUCUCCAAAUUGGCACCAGCAUGACUAUCGACUGCCUGUCUCCUCAACAGGCGAUUCAGUCAUCGUCCAUCCAAUUUGACGACGCCGAUAUGGCCCUGGAGUCCCCGGGCACGCCCGAUGAUCCUGGCCCAUCAGCUAAACGCCAUCGUAAGGUGCCGUAUCUGAUGCAUUCUUUGCUCUUUCAUGCCUCAGUCAUUCGACUACAUCGAUCCUUCGAUGCUCUCUACCAUCUAAUCUUCUCUGUUCUUGGGCCCCCUUACUCACCCCCUGUUUUUCCUGCUUCUUCAGGGCUGAAUUUCCGCUUGGUAUCCGAUCAUGUUUCCCUUUCCCCUACUGCUCCAUCUCUUCCGCUAGUUAACUUUCCCUCUGUCUUACCCCCGCCUUGCUUGCUUCUUCAGGGCUGAAUUUCUGCAUGCGGUCCGAUCACAUUUCGCUUUCCCCCUCUGUUCCUCCAUCUGUUCCCCAUGUUAUUUUUCCCUCUGGUUUACCCUUUCAGUCGGCACAUGCAAGUGGACCUCUCCUGUCUACUGCUCCGACCUGUGUUUCAGUGUUCUGUUCUGCAGCUGUCCCAGUUUCCCUUCCCCGUGUCUCAGUUGUUUCUUUGUCUGUGGCCUAUUUGUGGGUGUACUUCUCUAUACAAACCGUU